AUGGUCCCAAAUCGGACGGCAAACAGAGGAAAAGACGUGGCCCGUCGGGAAAGGACGGAGUUAGCAAUCAAGCCGAGCGAGUACGAAACGGAAAGAUAUGAAUUUGCCAAAUUGGCAAUUGAUGUCCCUCGUCUCGAGCCCCUCGAAGUCUGGAACUUCGUCAAUUGGGGAAGCGUUUUCAUUGGGCCGGAGGAAAGCUUUUCUUUUUAUCCUCGACAACACCACUUGCGACCGGGCCGGGUUGCCUCCGUCCGCCCCGAACCCGAGGCUCGGACUCGGGCGGGGCGGGCACACUAUUAUUUUCACACCAAUUUCCUUCAGCUAGCUCGCUCUCGCUAUUUCAGCGGCUCGCAUCUCGUCUCUCUCCCAGCCACUGCUAUAAUUCCCUUUCAGUUUCUCUCUCUCUCUCUCUCUCUUUCGCUCUGUAAUCCCAUCCUCCCUUCCUCGUCUCUCCGAUCCAUGGCGGACCACGUCGGCGACCACGAUUCCCUGGUCGAUAAGAUCACCGAGAAGAUCCACGGCCACGACGGAUCCUCUUCCUCCUCCUCCUCCUCCGAUUCCGACGACGACCGCAAGCCUUCCAAGGUCGAUUCCGUCAAAUCCAAGAUUUACCGCCUCUUCGGCAGGGACAAGCCCGUCCACAAGGUCUUGGGCGGCGGAAAACCUGCUGAUGUUCUUCUCUGGAGGAACAAGAAAAUUUCAGGAGCAGUGCUCGGUGUUGCAACUGUGAUCUGGGUUCUGUUCGAAUUGCUUGAGUAUCAUCUGAUCACUCUAGUUUGCCAUUUGUCCAUAGUAGCUCUGGCUGUCCUCUUCUUGUGGUCCAACGCCUCCUCCUUCAUCAACAAGUCGCCGCCACAAAUUCCUGAAGUUGUGAUCCCUGAGAAGUGCAUCCUCGAAGUUGCCUCUGCAUUGAGAAUCGAGUUCAACCGUGGGUGCACUGUUCUGCGCGAGAUUGCAUCCGGCAGGGAUCUCAAGAAGUUUCUGAUUGUGAUUGCUGGCUUGUGGUUUAUCUCCAUCAUCGGGGGUUGCUGCAACUUCUUGACCUUGUUCUACAUUGUGUUUGUGUUGCUACACACUCUGCCUGUGCUCUACGAGAAAUACGACGACAAGGUUGAUGCUUUCGCUGAGAAGGCGAUGAUCGAGCUGAAGAAGCAGUAUGCAGUGUUCAACGAGAAGGUUUUGAGUAAGAUCCCUAAAGGGCCAUUGAAGGACAAGAAGAAGGAUUAGAGAGAGAUGACGAGUAUGGGUCUUUUGAUUGAUUGUGUACUUUCAGGGUUCACAUUUUUUAGCGACUUAGUUCUGUUAUAUCCACUGCAUUGUCUGGAUGCUCCCAAGAAUUUAGAUGAAGUAUCGUAAUCGGUUAAAGAUAUGUCGAGUUCUAGAUUCUGUUUUAUAGUGCAGAAAUAAAUUGAUAGCGUUUGCAUUAGAGAGAUUCAAUAGAAAGAUGAAUGAUGAUUGGUACUGAUGAAUUUGUGACAGUAUAUUCUUGCUUUGUAGUAAAGUGCUUUCUUUAUUAGGUUUUGUUAUUUCUCCUUUUAGGCUAAAAAAUGCACUUUUGGCAAAAUUCAUAUUGCAUCAUGUCUACUUUGUUGAGGCAUCACACACCAUUCAUUACACCGUCGCUACGCAACACCAACGCUGUACUAACACCAACGCGAGGUUGGACAAAUACUCAGCUUCCACAAGAAGAGAGGUUACACGAACCCGGGAUGUCAAUCCUUGACGAUUUUAAUCUAACUGGAAAGGAACUAUUACAUCUUUUUCAAGAU